GUGGGGGGUCGUUGUGCUUGGAGGAGGAGGAGGAUUAUUACACACGUUGCACACAAAAGCCGGUCGUUACGCAGCGUCUCGGACUAGAUGUUGGAGGGGGAUCCGGGGCUCAGCGGGACCGAACCGGGGAACAGAACCGGGCUCAGCGGGACCGACCCGAGGGACGAUGUGGCUCUCCGGGGCUCUUCUGGGAACUUUGUGUGCAGGACUCAGUGGGGGGGGGCCGGACACCACCGACUGUCUGUACUACAACGUGAACUUCGAGCAGGAGCGGACCAACCGGAGCGGAGUGGAGCGCUGUGAGGGCGAGCAAGACAAGCGCUCCCACUGCUACGCCUCGUGGAGGAACCACUCGGGCUCCGUGGAGCUGGUGAAGAAGGGCUGCUGGCUGGACGACUUCAACUGCUACGACCGGCCGGACUGCGUCGCCACAGAAGAAAGUCCUCAGGUUUUCUUUUGUUGUUGUGAAGGAAACUUUUGUAACGAGAGAUUCUCUCACCUGCCCGAUGCCGCGGGACCACUGAUCGUAGCUCCGCCCCCUGGCUUCCUCAGCCUGAUGAUCUACUUCCUGCUGCCCUUCCUCAUGCUGACGGUGGUCGUGAUCGCCUCCGUCUGGACCUACAGGCAUAAGAAGCCUCAGUACGGACAUGUGGACAUCAGCGAGGAUCCGGGUCCUCCCCCUUCUCCUCAGCUCAAACCUCUGCAGCUGCUGGAGGUGAAGGCCAGAGGACGAUUCGGCUGCGUGUGGAAAGCUCAGAUGAUCGACGCCUACGUCGCCGUGAAGGUGUUCCCCAUCCAGAACAAGGAGUCGUGGGAGAACGAGACCGACGUCUUCAUCACCCCGGGGAUGAGACAUGAGAACAUCCUGAGAUUCAUCGCUGCAGAGAAACGAGGAAAUCACAUGGAGACUGAACUGUGGCUCAUCACUGAGUUCCAUGAGAGGGGUUCUCUGUGUGACUUCCUGAAGGGGAACAUCAUCAGCUGGUCAGAGUUGUGUCACAUCUCUGAGUCGAUGGCGCGCGGUCUCGCUUACCUGCAUGAAGACGUCCCGCCUCUAAAAGGAGAGGACGCCAAGCCGGCCGUUGCCCACAGGGACUUUAAGAGUAAGAACAUCAUGCUGCGUUAUGACCUCACCGCAGUCAUCGGAGACUUCGGCCUCGCCAUCCGUUUCUCGCCGAGGGAGCCACCAGAAGAGACUCAUGAACAGGUGGGCACCACACGCUACAUGGCUCCAGAGGUCAUAGAAGGAGCCAUCAGCUUCCACAGAGACUCCUUCCUGAGGAUAGACAUGUACGCCGCGGGCCUCGUGCUCUGGGAGAUGGUGUCCAGCUGCAAGGCCGCAGACGGCCCAGUAGGGGAGUACCUGCUCCCCUUUGAGGAGGAGGUGGGACAGCAUCCGUCUCUGGAGGACCUUCAAGACGUGGUGGUCCACAAGAAGACCAGACCGUCCCUCAAAGAACUUUGGCGCAAACACACCGUGAGUGUUACAUCACAUUACAUUACAUGUCAUUUAGCUGACGCUUUUAUCCAAAGCGACGUACAAUAAGUUUCAACCAUAGGGUACAAACU